GGUGCAGUUGAUCUUCUCAUUGAAGUGUACAAAACAACCUUCAACAAAAUGGAAGGGUACAUUAUCAACACAGACAAAGUCAAAGAUAAACAUGGUGCAUAUCUGGAAGUCUCAAGGUUGGAAAUAUUUUUUCAUGAACUCUCCAUGUAUGAAGAGAAAAUUUUCCUCAAAAGAUAUGAACUGAAACAGGAUUUGUUGCUGAAGACAUAUCACGAAAUGUUGCGUGAAGCUUCAGAAAGUGAAAGAUCAGAACUGAGACAAAAAUUAGAUGAUCUCCUUUUUAAUGAAGAAUGCCCAUAUGACAGUGCUCAAAAGUAUUUAGAAGGACUUUGUUGGGUGCUUCAAUGCUAUUUUGCAGACGUUCCAUCAUGGAGAUGGUACUACCCAUUCUAUGUUGCUCCUUUCGUAUCUGAUCUCAAAGGUCUAUCUAGGGUCGAGAUAUCUUUCAUUGUGGACAAACCAUUACGACCAUUUGAUCAGCUUAUGGCAGUUUUACCAAUGCGAAGCUGGUGUGCUCUUCCAAAAUGUUACAAUAAAAUAAUGGGCCGCAAAGAAUUUGACUACCCGAGGUUGGAGCCUGACACAGAGGGGAAACAUUUCUUGUGGAAUGGUAUCUCUGAGGAACUGCUGCUUUCGGCCACCAAAGCGGUAGAUAAAGAGCUCACGACCCAUGAAUCGAGACGGAAUGCCACUAGGCAAGAGAAGAUCUUUCUGCACAGGGACUCAAGCUCUCUGCCACACAAUGAAGUUACUGAACAGACAUCGGACUGUUCAGUGCAGAAGCUUCCGAUAGAUUCAGCUACGAGUGGAAUUGGAGGAUGGAUAGCGCCUGAUGACAAUGAUGGCUUCAGCGACGGUUUCUUCCACUCGCCCACAACAAACCUGCAGGACAUUACGAGUGAUCAGACAAUAUCAGGUACGUUCUUCAACCCUGAGGCAGCAAAUCCAGUUCCAAGACUACUUGGCAAUGUCAGAGUACCUGACAAGGCUGUUACCGGAGCCGACAUCUCGAAGCGGCCACUCUGGCACACGUACCCGGGCUCAAGGCCGCCGCGCAUGUAA